UCAUUGGUCAUAGGGUGGAUAAAUUGACAACUCCUUCGAAGAAGAGAACGAUGUCAAUUUUCAUUUAUUCUUUUCGUUGUCAAGCAAAAUGGCGGAUCAGACGGAACGUUCAUUCCAAAAGCAACCAACGGUGUUCUUGAACCGUAAAAAGGGCAUCGGCGUGAAGCGGAGCAGGAAACCUUUGAGGUACCACAAAGACGUGGGCCUCGGGUUCAAAACGCCCCGCGAGGCCAUUGAAGGAACAUACAUAGACAAGAAAUGUCCAUUCACUGGCAAUGUGUCUAUCCGUGGUCGCAUUUUAACCGGUGUUGUUCAGAAGAUGAAGAUGCAACGCACUAUAGUCAUCCGUAGAGAUUACCUGCACUACCUGCCUAAAUACAACAGGUUUGAAAAGAGGCACAGAAACAUGUCGGUACAUCUCUCGCCAUGCUUCAGAGACGUGGAGCUUGGCGACAUCGUCACCAUUGGUGAAUGUAGGCCGUUGUCCAAGACUGUACGAUUUAAUGUACUGAAGGUCUCCAAAGGCAAAGGCUCAAAGAAGUCUUUCAAAAAAUUCUAAAUAAAUCUACUUUAUAAGUAAACUAUAGUUUCAUUUGAUAAUCAUGUAUUGAAAGUACUCAAUCA